GAACUACAUGGAUGUACCUAUCUCUAGGUAGGUCCGGAUGUACCAUAUACACUACACUGAACUCAGGAUUUUGGUGCCCCCUUCAGCUAGAUCGUGGCUCCGCCACUACUUCUUACCACUUAUCCAUGGCAUCUUUGUCUUCGCGACACCUCAAAUCUCCCUUUCGCGCUCUGUCCACAAACCCAACCUCUGGUUCUAUGAAUGGAGAAUUUCCGACGGCUCUUGCCUGCAAGCCUAACGUGAGUGGAAAGGAAUUUCGUCUAUCUAUUGCCAAGAAAUUCGAACUGAAUUGCCUGAAACACAUAGAAAUGGAUGCCACUGUACCAGUUCCCUUUGGUGCCCCUGCUCAAUCCAUGGAUACGGGGGGCAAGGCACCUACGGAGCAAUGGGAGCCAAAAGAGCCAAGCUUUUCAACAGUGCUGAUGAAUUUUUCUGAUGAACUCGACCCUUACGAUGCCAUGAGUACUCCUUUGUAUCAGACAGCUACUUUUAAGCAGCCUUCAGCAACGGAAAAUGGCCUUUAUGAUUAUACAAGGAGUGGAAAUCCAACAAGAGAUCUACUAGAAAAGCUUCUUGCGAAGAUUGAGAAAGCAGAUCGUGCAUUUUGCUUCACCAGUGGAAUGGCUGCCUUGACAGCGGUAACUCGUCUUGUUGGAACAGGUGAGGAGAUUGUUGCCGGGGACGACAUAUAUGGUGGUUCAGAUCGGUUAUUGUCACAAGUUAUCCCAAGAAGUGGAGUUGUUGUGAAGCGAGUUGACACAACUAAUCUAGAUGAAGUUGCAUCAGCUAUGGGAACAAAGACAAAGCUUGUGUGGCUAGAAAGUCCUACAAAUCCUCGUCAACAAAUUUGUGACAUCCGUAAAAUUGCUGCUAUGGCUCAUGCACAUGGGGCUCUCAUGCUGGUAGAUAACAGCAUUAUGUCUUCCGCACUCUGUUGCCCCUUGGAGCUUGGAGCAGAUAUUGUGAUGACUUCUGCAACUAAAUUCAUAUCUGGUCAUAGUGAUCUUAUGGCAGGUGUCCUUACUGUUAAAGGAGAAAGAUUGGCCAAGGACUUGUAUUUACUUCAAAAUGCAGAAGGUGCAGGCUUAGCCCCAUUUGACUGUUGGCUCUGUUUAAGAGGGAUCAAAACUAUGGCUCUGUGUGUUGAGAAGCAACAGGAUAAUGCACAAAAGAUUGCCGAAUUUCUCACUUCGCAUCCGCGGGUGAAGAAGGUCAACUAUGCCGGUCUUCCAGACCACCCAGGGCGGUCGUUGCACUAUUCUCAGGCAAAAGGUGCAGGGUCAGUGCUCAGUUUUUUGACAGGGUCUUUGGCACUGUCUAAGCAUGUAGUCGAGACCACAAAGUACUUCAGUGUUACCGUCAGUUUCGGAAGCGUGAAGUCACUGAUAAGCUUGCCGUGUUUUAUGUCCCAUGCAAGCAUAGCGGCUGAGGUGCGAGAGGCCAGAGGGCUUACUGAGGAUCUUGUUCGCGUGUCUGUUGGAAUUGAAGAUGUUGAUGAUCUGAUUGCUGACUUAGACUAUGCACUUAGCACUGCCCCACUUUAGACACACAUAUAUAGAUGUGUGUGUUUUAGUCUAAAAAUUAUGUACACCAUAAAAUAUUGGCAUCCAUGAUUUAAGAAACAUAGCAUUGUCUUUUACAAACUUGGAGAUUGUAGGGAUUUAGCAUUCAUCGAGCUAUUCUCUUUUCAUUCCAAAAACAGUUCCUUUGAUGAUAUAGAUUCUUUAUAGCUGAGUUCAAGUGGAACUUCUUCUAACAUUUAAACCUCUUAAUCCAGAUACUGUGAUGACUUCUCCCACUAAAUUCAUAUGUGGUCAUAGUGAUCUUAUGGAAGUGUCCUAACUGUUAACGGACAAAGACUUGUGUGACUCAAGUCUUGUUGUUGUAAGAAAGUGAGGCUUGUGUGAUUCAAGUUCUCAAGUUGUACCGGUUUUUCAAGCACCCGUUGAAGCUUGAAGAUUAGUAGGACUUUCGAGAGAGUCUCUCGGAGGACUGGACUAGCCACGAGGUGGUGAACCAGUAUAAAUCCCGGUGUUCUUCUUUCCCCUUACUCUCUUUACUUAUUCCUGCGAUAUUUUAUUUCACACACGCGAAAAACGCACAUUCUUGAAAACAACUCUAUUCACCCCCCCUCUAGAGUUGCACAUUUGUCUAACAAAAACUAUUGUAAAUG